CAUUUGUAAGCCAUAAUUUACGCUAUGUAAAAAUACAUAUGUAGACAAUGGAUUACUAUAGAAAAAAGACAUUCUAAGUGAACUUAAAAGUAUACACACUUGGCAUAAGUCAUUCCUGUCAGAAAAGAUUGUUAGGUGGAUACACAUAUUGAACUGAACAUGUCGAAGAGUAGAUGACCAGCUUCCAUACUGCGCAGUAUAGGAUAAGAUGAUAUACCUGUUUAUUUCACGAACACUGAAGAACGUGUAUAAUAUGGAGAUAUCUGUUUAUCUUAGCAAGAUCUGAAACUGGUAGGGUACAUGCCUAAUCUCAAUAAUAUAAACAAAAACAAGUCAUUCUGUAACAGCAAAAAGCACUUUCAGUAUGAAGUUCGUAUUUAAAGAAAGGCAGUGCACCACAUUGAAAAUGAAAGAGACACAUAUAUAUUCAUUAAGGAGAAUAUCCGUUCAAGUGUGAGAUUUGCAUAAACGUCUUUGCAUGGAAAUCCAAGUUGAAUAUGCAUAUGCAUAUCGUAUUAAGAAAUGACAUUCUGUAUAAACAUAUAACUAGCCUUUAGGUCACUCAAGACCUUUACUUGCAUCAUACAGGAAUUUUGUAUAAAAAUAUUUGCAGGAACUAUCAGUAAUUUGAAAUUUUUGAAACCAGAUCGUUAUUCUACAAAGUUCAUGCAUGUAAAUUAUGGAGACAGAAACUGGCUUUAGCGAUCGUUAUUUUCAGUGUCAAAUAUGCAAAAGACCUUUCAUGAAUUCCAGUCAGUUAAAACAGCACAUGAACAGUCAUACUGGAGAGGAUCCGUACGAAUGUGAAAUAUGUAAGGAAACUUGCAUGACCCAAUCACUUUUAGAGGACCACAAACGUAUUCAUACUGGAGAAGAACCAUUCGAAUGUGGAAUAUGUCAGAAAACGUUUAUGGUAUCUCAGAGUUUAAAAAGACACAUGCGUAUACAUUCUAGGGUGAAUCUGAACAAGUGUGAAAUUUGCAGUAGAUCUAAUGAGCGACAGUUUGUGUGUGACAUAUGCAAGAAAGUGUUCACUCAGAGAGGUUCUUUAAAGAGACACCAACUUGUUCAUUCAAACGAACAAGCUUACAAGUGUAAAGAAUGUGGUAAACCGUUCAGAUAUAUUGACAAUUUGAAGAAACACAUGGUUACGCAUAUUAAUGAACGCCUUUUUGAAUGUGAUGUAUGUCGUAAGUCGUUUAGCCUGAAAGAAAGUCUGAAGAGACAUAAACGUAUUCAUACGGGUGAACGCCCAUACAAGUGUGAAAUGUGCAGUAAAUGUUUCAAAGAUACCUGGUCAUUAAAUAAUCAUAAGCGGAUUCACACUGGUGACAAACUAUACGAGUGUGAAACAUGCCGGAAGUGUUUCGUGUAUUCUAGAAGCUUAUGGAGACACAAGCGUAUUCAUACGUGUGAACGGAUGUGAAAUUUAUUGUAAAUCUUUUCCUUAUUCCUGGGAGUUAAAUAGGCAUAGGCUUGAACAUAAUGCUUAGAAACCUUUAGAGUGUGAAACAUGUGGAAAACAAAGUCGGGAAUCCCGACGGGAUAUCUAAUGAAACUAUGCAUAUUCAUUCUCGAGAACAUAGAUAUGAGUCUGAGAUUAGCUAAAAAAAGUAUUUUAUGAUGAAAUAUAAUUUGAUUUUCAAAUGAUAAGUUGUUUCCUAGUGUUAACUAAAACAAAAGUCUUCUAAAUUAUAUUAGAAAUCCAAUUCGUUUAAUGAUCUAUAUCCUUUGUAAUCCCUUACCAUGGUUACAUGAUUAAAGUGUGAAAACUGUA